UUUCAUCCGGUUUUCGUUUUCUUCAACAACGUUGGGAAAGCUAGUCGAAAAGGUUAGCUACAUUACGGUCUUGGGAUCAAUGGUGUCCCAAUAGCAUGUCAAAUUAAACGUGAAGAACACUGGAAGCUUUACGUGGAGAUGGGACAGCUCGUUUGGGGUCUCGACAUAUAAAAACCGUUUAAUUUGAGAACAGCAGGGCCAACACGUAGCACAAGCUACUGUAGUGAGUUAAUUAGCUAUCUUAAACUGACCUGUGUUGUUGUAUAUAGGCAGUGAGAACAUUUCAGAAUGUCCAAACUACAGCUAUUUCGAGAGUUUAUCAGUGAGAGAUUAACAACUGCAGCUUUGGAGAUUUUCGGGGCCGUCGAAAAAACGUUUGCCGAGUACGAAGAGGAAAUCUCGCUUUUCAGGGAGCAGAGCGCGCGGCUACAAGGGCUGUUAGAUGAUGUGCAGCAGCUUUCUCUCCCGGAGCCCCCACAGAUUAAAGAGGAACAGGAGCUGUGGACCAGUCAGGAGGAAGAGCAGCUCCAAGGACUGCAGUCUGAAACUACAGACUCCAUCUUGACUUCUCCCAGCGUGAAACUCUACUGUGAUCAGAACACCUCUGAACUUUCACAUCUUGAGCAACGUCACCCUGUGGAGAACAGAGAAGGAGACUCUCUACUCACCAACACAACUAAGGAGCAAGUCAAAGCAGAUCCUGGUGGACAGGUUUGUAGAUUGCAGGAUCCAGCCAGCGACUUCCGGCUUCUGUCCUUCGUAGCUCCAGACUGUUCACCAGAGGAGGCCUACCCUCCGAAAAAGAAGACAUUCAAAUGCCCGGCAUGCAGUAGAUGUUACGUGACGGCUUCCAGUCUGCAGAUACACAUCCGAAGCCACACGGGGGAGGAGACUCUCAAGUGCCCGGUCUGUGGCAAAGUUUUUAGUAAGAAGCCACUUCUCAUGGUGCACAUGAGGACUCACACGGGGGAGAAGCCGCAUCAGUGCUCGGAAUGCGGCAAAGCCUUCAGCCAGCGGACGAGUCUUCGCUUCCACAUGAGGACUCACACGGGGGAGAAGCCCUUCCAGUGUCCGGAGUGCAGCAAAGCCUUCAUCCAGAAGCAACACCUGCUGGAUCACCUGAAGAGACACGCGGGGGGCAAAGGUCAUCGGUGCCAGGGGUGUGGGAGAGUUCUGGGUCAGCAGGGCGGCCUGAGCGCCCACGCCAGGCCGUCUCACUGCCAGGAAUGCAUCAAAACCUUUGGGCGUCCUUCCCAGCUGCGGGGUCGUUUGAGUCCCCAUGAAGGAGAGAGAUGCAGUCUUCUACCUUCUGGUGUUCUGGAGGUUUGAGUGGA